AUGGCUUCCACCGAUAUUGACCCGCUUCUUCUCCUGCGCCAGUCGAUUGCCUCUGGCAGCAAUAUCAUCCCUACAACAUCUGCCGACGCAUCGUCAACUGAUGUGCCUGAGGCCUCUCUGUCACAAGCAACCCACCUCGUCUUCACCCACCCGGCGCGCGUGGCCGUGCCCAUUGACGCGCCGACGCGCUUCGUGUCCAACGACAAGCCCGUCGACGUCCGUAGCAUCUACUUUGCCUGGCUCAAUCGCGAGGUCGCCAUCCCCGAGUACAAUGCCUCGGCCACCAAGCUGAACGAGGAGCUCCCCGGCGCCACCCAUGUCCACAAGUUCGCCUUUGUCGAGCGCCUCGAGCUCUUCACCUGGCUUGAGGGCGCAAGCGAGGAGAGCGAAUACAUCAAGCCUCUGGCCGGCGACAAAGACGCCGCCGCCGCCGCGAGCGCCGCCGCAGCCUCUGCCGCUUCCAAGACGGCCCCCGUCCUAGCCUCUUCCAGAGCCGGCCGCGGCACCCUCGACCCUCGACUAGCCCAGAUCUACAACGGCGAGCGCCGCAUGGGCGACCGCAAUACCGUCCUUCACGGAUUCAAGCCAACCGAUUUCUCUUCAAUCCGCAAACAGGCGCAACAGUUCAUGUCGCGGAAACCUAGCCCGGCGGCGGCGGCAACAGCAGCAAUAGCAGCAGCAGGGCUGGGCAACCCAUCGCUGGUCAUCAACCAGAAGCCGCAGCGGCGGCCAGACCCCAUCAUCAUGCUGUCGCCAUCGGCAUCAGCGCUGCUGCGCAUGUCCAACGUCAAGGCGUUCCUCGAGGGCGGGCGGUACGGGCCGCCGGACCACAGCUCGUCGGCGUCCAUGAUGCACGUGUCGCGCGUCAUGAAGGACAUCGACCCGGGCCGGCCGAUGAGGUUCAUCCUGGUCGAGGGCCCCGAGCAGUUCAAGCCCGAGUACUGGAACCGCGUCGUGGCCGUCUUCACGACGGGCCAGGCGUGGCAGUUUAAGAACUACCGCUGGAGCAACCCGUCGGACCUCUUCAAGCACGUGCUCGGCAUCUACCUGGGCUGGCGCGGUGAGCAGCCCCCGGACUCGGUCCGUGCCUUCGGCCACCAGGUCAUCUCCACCGCCGUCGAGAAGUGGCACGACCCCACCCGCCUCGGCGCCGAGAGCAGCCGCUGGCGCGACCGCGAGGUCGUCGAGUCCAUUUGGAAGGCUAUCGAGGUCCACAUGCGCCACAAGGGCUGGCGCAAGGACACUGCGCCGACGCAGAUCUAA